AUGCAGCAACCGGCAUAUAAGUUCGACGAGGAUUCAAUAAAGUGCCCAAUGUGUUCGAAGCAUUUCGUGAAUCCCCGUUUACUUCCGUGUCUUCAUUCUUUCUGCAAGAACUGUCUCAUCACGCACAUCCAAAAUGGCGGACAAAAUUCAGACCGGAAGUUGAAAGACCCGCGCGCUAGUCCAACAAAGGUGACUAAUACUACGGGUGAUCAUUCUCCCCAAACCUCUGAAAAAGAAGGGAGCACUUUGAAAGCUGGAAGUAGCGAAAAGGGAAAACCAGGCCCGCGCAGCAAAUCUCCGCAGAUUUCUGCAUCUGGGACGCAGGAAAAGCAUGCAAAGGAAGAUAAACCCCCUAACCUACUUUCUAAGCCUACCGAAACGCGCGACUCUAACAAUAGAGGUUUGCAAAAUACAAAAGCCGCUGGUGCGCUGCAGCCAACUGGGACAAAAUAUACCACGGGCGACAAGGGAUUUCCGUGUCCCAGUUGCAAAAAGUUCAUGACAACUCCACAGCUCCCGAAGACGAGUCCUGAUAAAUGGUCUGACUUGUUUCCAGAGAACAAUAUGUUGGCGGACCUUGUCGAUUUACAUUCCCUGAAACUCGGUACUCGAGUAUGCGAUCCGUGCAAGCGGAACCAGACAACCAGCCAGGUGACAUCGUAUUGCAAGAACUGCCACGAUGCCCUGUGUGCCUCCUGCGCGUUGACGCACAAGGGCCUUCGGUCGUGCCGCACUCAUAAGGUCCUUAGCACGGCACAAUUCGCAGAGGCGAUAAACUCGCUGAAAGUUGAAGAAGAGUUUUGUUCGACACACGAAGGGAAAUUGCUCGAAAAGUUCUGCCAGAGUCACGCCGUGUUGUGUUGUACCCAGUGCAUUACCGACAGCCACCGCCACUGCGAGAAGACGGUCUCUGUCGCAGAUGUUGUCCAGAAGGCACACGAUAUCGGGGAAGUCACGUCUUUACAGACAGCCCUCGAUAAGUACAGGGACCAUGUGGAUGUCGUCUUGAAAGACAGAACGGGACUGGUCAAAAGGUUGGACGCAAAGAAAGGAAAACUGUUGAACGAGUUCGUGAAAGUUAAGAGCCAUAUUGUAUCUCAGCUAGAGAAAAUGGAAAAGGACCUAAAAACGAUUCUGGAUGCUACGCACAAACAAGAGGCGAGGAAAAUACAACAGGAGGCCAGCAAAUGUCGGGAUAUACAGUCAGGUAUUGUGAACACACGCCGAUACCUGCAAAUAGCCGACCAGCACGGUUCCAAUUCGCAGAUCAUCGCCACGAUUGAAAAGGUCAAGGCCGAAUGCGAAUACUACGAGGAAAGUAUAAACAUCCUCUGCUCCCGUCUGCGAGUGGUCGACUAUGACAUCGCACUAGACAACUCCUUGCAACAGGUCAUGAAGAGACUCAACCAGUUUGGGCGCAUUGACGUCAAUACGACCCCGACUAAUCUUCCUGCGCCGCCCAAACUUGCGGCGACACUGGGGCUGCAGAGUUUUAGUACGAAAGCAAAGGCCGUAAAGCCAAUGUAUACGUUGUCUGGACAAAAUGCCAACGAAAUUGGGGAGUUCUGCGCUCGCUUUGAAGACGAUGAUCAAGAUUGCUGGUUAACGGGGGCGCUCUUUCUUGCAGACGGCCGUAUACUACUGGCGGACAGGACAAACCGGAAGUUGAAAUUAUUUACGAGUAGUUUUAGCCCUGUGAUGCAGCUGGCGUUGUCUUCAAAACCAUGGGAUGUGACGGGAACGUCCGACAGGGAGGUGGCCGUGUCGCUACCAGCUGAGUGCAGGAUCCAGUUUGUAGCCGUCGAAGGCAGCAGCCUGGUUCCUAUUCGAACGAUAUCAACUGACGAGCCGUGUUUCGGAGUUUGCUACGCCGACGGCAAAAUCCUCACAGUGACGUAUGACGGUGAUCCGCCAAAUUUAAAGGUUCUGUCCACCACGGGCAAGGAACUUACCUACGUUUGCGUUGACGACGACGGGUUUCCGCUGUUUUCGAAACCCGUUUACGUUACGUGCACGCCAAAAGCGGAACAGAUUUACGUCUCGGAUGAGCGACUUGGCUGUGUUGUAAUCCUAAAGGAAACUGGUGAACUGAAUUUCGCUUAUUCCGCAAUGGACUUGGGGAAUGCCGCUGGGUUGGCUAUUGACACGGAGGGCAAUAUUUACGUUUGCGGAGCCAAUUCGAACAGCGUUCAUGUGGUGUCACCGAGUGGCGAGCGCGUCAAAGUGCUUGUGACGGGCGAUAACAUUUCGUACCCUCGUGCUGUCGCCUACAACGCGCGAGAAAAGAAACUCCUCGUCACCCAGGGCGACCAAGACUACGUGAAAGUGUAUAGUCUUGCUUAA